AUGGCAUCAUUUUCUUCAUCAUCAUCCACUUCUAUCCAAAAACCCCUCAGUUUUGAUGCCUAUAUAAGCUUCAACGAGACAGAUGUAGGUUCAUCUUUCGUUAGUCAUCUAUGCAAAGCUUUAGAAAAGAAAGAAAUCACCACUUUUAAGAAAUCAGCACUUCCAGAGGAAUAUUUGAAAGCAAUUGAAGAGUCGAAAUUUGCGAUAAUUAUAUUUUCAGAGAAUUAUGCUUCGUUUACUGCUUGUUUGGAUGAGCUCGUUAAGAUAAUGGAAUGUAGUGGAAUAUUUGUGUUACCUAUAUUCUAUCAAGUGGAACCAUCAGAAGUACGCAAACAAAGUAAAAGAUUUGCCUUAACAAAACAUGAAGCAGAUGGUUGUGAAAGGGUACAAGUAUGGAGGGAAGCACUCUUUAAAGCCGCAGAUUUAUCUGGCUGGGAAGUAACACAGCACGGGUAA